UCCAAAACCCAACGUAAAACGGCCUGGAAGUGCUGAAUAAACGCGUGUUUUGCUGAGUGUGCGUUAUCCCGGUGUUGACGCCGAAUCGUGUUUAAAAGCCCGGGAAGUGCUGAAUCAUCACGACCCGGUCGUCAUCCAGUCGGGACCAGCGGUGCCGUCUCCAACCAAGCAACCGCUGACAAAGGAGGUCGCCGGUGCUGGCAAGCUGCUAAGCCAUGUGUCGGAAUUAGACGAGCGCUGACAGCAAAGGUCUGUUCAGAAGAACAAGGGUCCUGUGGCAUGACGACGACAAACAAAGGAAAUAAAGCCUUAAAGGUGAAGCGAGAGCCGGGGGAGAAUGGCACCAGCUUGACCGACGACGAGCUGGUGACCAUGUCGGUGCGUGAGCUCAACCAACACCUCCGAGGGCUCUCCAAAGACGAGAUCCUGCAACUGAAGCAACGCAGACGCACCCUUAAGAAUCGGGGCUAUGCAGCCAGCUGCCGGGUAAAGCGAGUCACCCAGAAGGAAGAGCUGGAGAAGCAGAAGGCCCAGCUGCAACAAGAAGUAGACAAACUGGCCAAUGAAAAUGCAUCCAUGCGUCUGGAGCUGGACGCGCUCAGGUCCAAGUAUGAGGCCUUACAGACCUUUGCCAGGACUGUGGCCAGGAGCCCCACUGUGGGGGUUGGAGUCAUGGCCGGGGGGGUAGCGUCCUCACUCAUUGGUCCACUUAUACCGGGUAAGGCAGCGACGGCGACCAGCGUGAUUACAAUAGUCAAGACAAAAGCAGACGCUCGAUCUUGAGAGGGACUUGGUUGACUUAAAGGUGUGCCAGGAUGGAAUUCAGCUGCCUUUGCCACGUUUCCUGCAUUUGCACUGCACUCAUGGACAUGGGUGAUGUCAGUGCAGAUGAAGGAUUUGUGCUCAUGCCUGCAAGAGGACUCGUUCACAUGCAAGCAGGAGGACUCAUGCUCAUGCCAGCAAGAGAACUUGUUCACAUGCAUGCAGGAGGACUCAUGCUCAUGCAUGUGAAGGACUCGUGCUCAUGUAAGCAGUGGCAGAGAUGACGCAUGCUCGUGAAUGCAAUAGGACUCGUGCUGACGUAAGCAAGAGAGCAAGAGGACUUGUGCUCAAGCAAGCAGGGGCACACAUGCUCAUCAAGCAAGAAGACUCGUGCUCAUGACAGCAGGGGGACUCGUGCUCGCUCAUUGACUACAGGAAAACCAGACAGAAUUGCCACUACUGCCAAUGAAAAGUAUCUUUAAAAGGCAAUGCAGUUUAUGAUUGAAAUGAGAUGUUGUCGUCAUGACAACUCGGAAAGUUGCACAAAUGAUUUUAAAUAAUUUUAGAAGACAUCAUAUGACCUGCUCAAUUCAGUGGCUGCAGAUGAGUCCCAUCUGGCUCCUUGAUAUAAAUAUAAAUAUACAUAUACUGUAUAUACUGUACAUAUAUGACACAAUUGUGUUUGUUCAAUUGUGUUUUUACUGUUUCGUACCGUGUUGAGCUAGAAAAUGUAUUGUCUAUGUGUGAAUUGUUAUACAGUAUAUGAGAAAUUGGUAUUGCUGUUGGUGGUAUUUUCCUAUUGCUUGUGUUGUAUUCCAGUUGGCAUCCAUGACUUCCAAAGUAGCCACGUGAUGACGGAAGGAGUGGAAAGACACAAACAGGAGCUUCCACUGAAAUGUGGGAAUAAGAUAAUACUGUACGUGCUGUGUAGCAGCCAUCCUGGUGAAUAACAACAGUUACCCGUUCAUUUGACGGGCCUACGUCAACCGCUUAUGUCAACGUGAGUCGGCCGGGGUUCUGCCGCGCUGACCCUCAAAUUUGAAUGGUCGUUCAAAACAGUCAUCGCAUCAGAGUUGCAACUGACAGGACCUCAAAGCACAUUCUUGGAAAUGUGCAGUCACGCCAUGACGACAAGCUUUAUGCUACAAUUAAUUUCUCAUGGUGUUCUAUUGACAAAGAGUCUGUCCGUACAUGGUCACGUGUAUUUUAUAAAUGGCUUUGCAUUGUUUGUAUGGACUUGUAACAUUUUGAUAUGUCUAUUUUGCAAUUGUACCAAAAGUGUCUUAACUACUGAUAGCUUUCUUCUUUCUCUAGUGUCUAGAUAUGUGUGUGUGUGAAGCUGUGAAAAAGUCAUGUGACGAGGUAUGUAUUGUUAACUUUCACUGAGUAAAUGAUGACAGGCACGCUUUUGUUUCGUUUUUGAUAGCUUAAUGUCCCAUAUUCGUGAUGCAAGCUUGUCCUGUGGUGCUGGGAGUGAUUCACCCCCCCCAAAAAACACUUUGGUGUUGUGUGUGUGUGUGCGCGCUGUAAGCAUAUUUCAUUUUUGGAUAUAUGUCAGGGAAGUUAUUGUACUUUGUGUUUUGUCAAAUAUUUGAAGUUCGUAUUCACCGUGUUAAUGACGCUGUGAUGGUUGCUUUAUGUGUUACGUGGAUUUAAUAUGCAAACAGGCAGAAGUAUUUUUUGAUCCAUUUCAUUUGGGGUUUUUUUCCCUUCAGUGUCGAGCCAUGUCUGUGGUGUCCAAAGUAGUCCAAAGCCCCUGGGGGGCACUUGCAGCCAGAGGAAUAUAAAAAAUCAAUGUCAAACCAAGGAUGAUGAAGGAAAAAAAAGUUUGUUACGCAAAAUAAAAACAGUUUUUUCUUCCAUAUUUGCUGUUUUUUUUGCUUUAAUUUUAGAAUAAGAAAAUCAACCAUGGGCUGCACAUUGGACACCCCUGGCCUAUAUCAUUCUAUUUAUAGAGUACAUGGAUAUGUCGUGUAGUCAACUCCAGUGUGUCUUAUAAACAAAUGAAGAAUAUCAAAGUGUUUUUCUGUAUUUUAUCAUUUUGGUCACCCUGACUUUGCUAUUUGUCAAUGUUUGAUGGAGAAGAUAAGAAAACUAAUGCUGGCUCUUUGACUCAAGUCAAUGCUAAAUGUUAAUCAUUGACUUGUCAUCAUCCUGCUGGGCCAAUGGGUGAGGAGUUGGCCAUGUUUUCAUGCAGAAUCAGGCCACCGAAAAGCCUUUGCGAUAGCCAUCCGUGUCAUGCCACUUCAUGAAAAUGUGAUGUGAUAUGUGUAACCUCCCAUUAGUAGGAGGAAAUGAAUUCAUCCUUUAUAACAACACUGGACUAUUUUUGAGUUGUUGUUUAUUUGGACGCUUGACUCCUGUUGUCCAGGUGUGUUUACUGCUUGUAUGUUUCUGAAGGUGUUCCGUGGUGGAUUUGAAGCUGUAGACAUGUAUUGAGUUUGUGUGACAAUGGUGCAAAUAUAAUACAUUUUGUACUUUUUCUGUAUGAAUUAUUCUUACUGUUUCUGUGGGAAAUGACUGAAAAUGUGACAGUCUUUGUAUUUAUCUUAAAGUAAAUCAUUGCUUUUUGUAGAUACAAAGUGAUGAUGACAAGGUACUAGUAAUUAUAGGACUAACUAUCAUCGUCAGUCUAAUGUUUAAUUUAUUGAUGUAUAUACACUUUAUGUCAAUAAACACUUUAUUUUGUAUAUGAACAAUAAACAUGCUUUAAAUGGA